GCCCUGCCCGCGCUAUCUAGUAGCGAGUAGCUCCGUACGGGUCCGGAGGACUUGGUAGCGGGGAGGGAACUUGGGAGCUGCCCCUGCGGGAUCCGAGCCCCCUGGUGUGAUUCCGAGCCCCAUGCAGUGACCUUAGUGGUGACCUAUCCACAGGGCUGUCUCUGGGUUCCCCCUCCCCUGGGAAGAGCUGCCCUGGGGCCCCCAGUGCGAGCCCUUCCUGACUGCCCUGCCCCUGCGUGCGGGCUGAGGGGCUCCCCACACGCACUGUCACGCCAACUUGGUGAGCUGCGACUUGAGGUCGCUCCCAAGGGCGGCGCUGAGGUCACAAAAAGCCGCCCCAGCGUGGGACGAGUUAGUGCGCUGCACAGUAGGGAGUACUGGCUGGCAGAGAGGAGGAUUUGGUCUGGCAGACCAGUAGAGACGUCCAUAAAGAGGUCCUAAGAAAAGUAAAUCUUUUGACAGAGGAGUUCCCCUUUUCAUUUCCUACUCUGCUUUGAGAACCAGACUAUUUGGGGAGCUAGUUUGGGGAUAUACCAACAUGGAUCCGAGCAGCGAUUACCAGUUCCUCAGUGAGAUUCUGGGAAAAACAGUGAAAAUCACCUUGAAAUGUGGCAUCUUCCAGGGAAUAUUGCAGCAUGUGGAUUCCAGCAGAAGUAUCGUUCUGAGCAGAGUGAAGAACUUGGAAACAGGCAGAAGCAUGCCAGGUGUGAAGAUGUUUUUUGGUUAUGAAAUUGUGAAUGUGGAAUUGCUGGAGGAACUGGAACAAGCUGCAACUCCCAUCAGGGACAGUCUAGUUACUGGAGGAACUGGAAUGGAGAGGGGAGAACCAGCAGAGCACAGCCCACAGAGUUCUACUUGCAUUUCCCCAAAGAGCCGGGUCACCACCCUGAGUAACUUAAAAUAUACCCUGGCAGAGGAGGAAGAAGAGGAAAAUAUGGAGUACAUAGUCAUUGAUCAAUUCCAGCAGAAAUUUGGUCCCGCUAUGCUGCACAUCAAAAAACAGUGUGUUUUUGGUGUGGCAGCAGAGGGUGUUAAUCUGUGUCGUCAUGGAAGACUCUGCUGGCUUCAGGUAGCCACGAGGAGUCGGGUUUUUUUAUUUGAUAUUUUCCUUCUGGGGCCUCGAGUUUUCAAAAAUGGACUGCAAAUGGUGCUGGAAGACAAGAACAUUUUGAAAGUAAGUGUUCAGAAGGGUGGCAGGGCGUGUGUGAAAUGGUUGAGCCACAUCAGUAAGAAAUUGCAAUUGGAUAUUGAAUCAACAGCCAGGUUCAAGCAUCUUUCUUUGGUUCUUCAGGUCAUCCAUGACUGCCGUUUGAUCUCAGACUGCCUCUCACACCAGUAUGGAGUCAUUCUUUCCAACGUGUUUGAUACACAGGUUGCUGAUGUCCUGCAUUUCUCCAGUAUAACAGGUGGGUUCCUUCCACAUCGGAUCAGCUCCCUACAGGAGUGCUUGAUGCGACACCUCAAGAUGUCCCCCAGAAAGGUGUCCUUCCUGGUGUACAGGCAGCAGGCUGUUCAAGAGACCCCUGAUAUAUGGUUUGUGAGACCUCUUCCACCUUCGCUGCUGAAAGUGUUGGCUCUGGAAACCGUUUACCUUCUACCUCUCCGCUUGUGGCUACUGGAUGAGAUGAUGUCUGACUUAACAACCUUGGUGGAUGGAUACUUAAAUGCAUAUCGGGAAGGGUCUGCAGAUCUGCUGGGGAGCACAGAGACCUCUUGUAUGGAGCUGCCAGAGGAGCUGCAUCAGCUGGCAGAUUUCCAAAAGUUGCGAAGAGAGACAGCAUUAAAAAAGUACAAGGUAAAUGAGGAGGGUCUCCUGAUCAGACCACCUCUGGAAUCCAAAGGAAAGAAGGCAGUGGAGGUGGAAGAAAAACAAGGAGAGGAUAGUGGUUGGCUUUCUUCUAAUGGAGCAGCCUUACAAAAGACAUCCUUCCAUCCCCAAGAUCCACUUCAUCAAAAUUAUGAUGAGCAAAAGCAAGUGGUAGAUCACUGGGAAAAUAAAAAGUCUAUAAUUGGCUGUAAAAAUCCACCCUUGGAAAUGGAGGCAGGAGCAAGAGACUUGAUCAGCUGGAACUCUGUAUCAGAGAACACGCAAGCAACGGGGAAGGGAUUCUCUCCAAUGCAGAAACCUCACACACAGGCUGCUCGAUCUUUAAAAGAAGAGGUAAGUCUAUUGUUCAUGGGAAACAAGGAUGAAGACUUACUUUGUGCAAAGCAAAGCGCCAUUGUGUCUGCCUAUACCCCUCCAAAAACUAGCAGUUCUUUUCAAGAUUCAUUCCAGGUUCCACGGCAGCCCUCGCUUUCUGUACUGCCUCCUUGCCCAGUCCUAGAGACUGUUGGUUUGUGGCAGAACCCAUCUUCGAAGAUGACCCAGACCCACAUUUCCCAUUUCCCAGUAAGGCCAGAAAGGGAAAGGAGUUCCGCUGUUCGCUUUGCCUUCCCUUCAGGUCUCAGCACCCGGAUGCCAGCACCAAGCCCUGCAGGAAAAUAGCAGAGUUAUUUUUAUUACUCUUUCAAAAAAAGAAAAUAUAAUUGUCUCUACUGUCCUGUCUGUACAAGUGUCUUCGAGAAUUUUUAGGUAUUGGAGAAAAGUAUUUCAUUUCUAUGUUCCCCACUGGUUGAAAUAGUUCUACAGAACUCUCACCCAGUUCUAGCAAAGUUUUUGUAGUGCAGACGAGGCCCUACUGUAGAUAUAGCUUGCUGGUAUAGUUUAUAUCAGUUCCCUGAACAAAAUAAGCUAUAAUAGUAAAAGCACUCUUGCGCAGGUAUAACUGCAUUUUACAUAGGACUUUUGCUGGUAUAAAAAAAUCACAUCCCUAAAUGACAUUACUAUAUCUGCAAAAGUUUCUAGUGUAGACCUGGCCUCAGUGUGACAACACUGAUGUAGAUUUAGCUCCAUCAUCUUCACAAACUGCUAAAGUAACUGAGCUGUGUAGCAUGGGAUUGUUCAAGAUUGUCCAUGAUUUGGUAAAUACAUAUAUUUAAGUAUUGCAUGGUCAGCACUUUUGAUAUUUUGGAAGAGAAAAUCACCUCAUUCUGUUGGGAGUGGGGGGAGAAAUGAGAAGGUUGUGUUGUGAAGUUUUGUGACUGGUUGUCUCCAGUAAGAUUUCACUGAGCACUAACAGUGUACAUAACAGGAAGGAGGUGUGGUUCUCUGUCCCAAAAAGAUUGCACUCUUUGGUCCCCUCAUUCUUAGAUUGCAGAGUUACAUUAAUGAAAUGUGAGUCUGUUUCACUAUCAUAUGGAAUCCAGGGUUGGUGCUUUUGAAUGUAUAAAAAUACUUGUUUGAGUUGUGUUGACUGGGACACAAACUGUUGAGUCAUUGAUUUCCAGUUGUCAGCCUGUGAUGUAUAUGUGCAUUUUUGAAGUAUUAUUGCCAGGGAAAACAAACUCCAUAUAUUUUUACAAACAAUACUAAACUAGCAGUUCCCAAAUAGGACUUUCUUUUGGUACUGGCUUACUUUUUUUCAUUGUUGUGUGGAAGGUGUUUCAGAGGUGGAUUAUGCUCCCUAUAUCAGUGCAUUUUGGGGCUAAAGAGAGACAAGCUUCCACAAGUUCUCUGAAACAUUUACAGUGCUCUGUAUUUAAGAAAAAAAAUCAAGGGUCUGCUGUCAUGGUUUAAAUAGAAAAAUAAAACCAGUUUGAAACAAGCUUCUUAAUUUUUUUAGUUUUUUAAACUUAAACUCAAGGCUCUGAAAACCAGACACUACAGAGUUAAGGUGAACACCCACCUAACCUUAACUCUGCCCUCUGGAGCUGGCAGUAACAGCUGGGAAUAAUCUGCGUGUGCUCAAGCUGUGUUCAUUAUAUUAUAAAGUUGCUGUAUUGAAUAAUGGAGGGAUGAGUUGGAGAAGUUUGGCUGAGCUGUGAGAUGAGGCAACCUUGGGGGGGGGGGGGAUCCUUCCUCUCUGAGGGGGUUUCCUGAGUGCUCUGCCUGACCCUUGCCCCAUGUGUGUGAUAAAUGCAUAAUUCCCCUGCGGAUUGCAGUUUAAUAUCUCUAGAAUGGUGGCAGUUAUUCAAGCACAUACUAGCUUGCAUAACAGUAGCAGUGAAGCUUCAGCAGCAAAGGCUCUCCAGCCCUGUCUGAGACCCUGGAUACGUACUUGAGCAUCUAGCUUGUGCUGCCUUCACUGCUAUUGGUAUUUGAGCUAACUAAAUCAAAGCUAACUUGGGUAUGUCAACUCAUUUUUCAGUCACACCUGUUUGCAGUUGUCAUAAACAUACAGCUAAGGGUAGCCUAGAAUUCCUCCUUACCUGUAAGGGGUUAAAAAGCUCAAAUAGCCUGGUUGGCACCUGACCAACAGGACCAAUGGGGAAAGAAGAUACUUUCAAAUCUUGGGAGAGGGGAAGGUUUUGUUUGUGCUCUUUGUUUUGUGUGGGGGUUCUCUCUUGGGACUGAGAGGGGUCAGACAGAAAUCCAUCUUCUCCAACCCAUCCCAAUCCAAGUCUCCAAUGUUGCAACCAAUAUAGGUAAACUAGGCAAGGCGGAUUAGUUUAUCUUUUGUUUUUCUUGUGAAUUUUCCCUGUGCUAAGAGGGAGGUUUAUUCCUGUUUUCUGUAACUUUAAGAUUUUGCCCAGAGGGGGAUCCUCUGUGUUUUGAAUCUGAAUACCCUGUAAAGUAUUUUCCAUUCUGAUUUUACAGAGGCGAUUUUUACCUUUCUUUUUUUUAAAUAAAAUCCUUCUUUU